AUGUCAUUGCUGUGUGUUGGAGUGAAGAAAGGCAAGCUUGAUGGACCCCAAGAGAAAUUUAACACAUACGUGACCCUGAAGGUGCAGAAUGUCAAGAGCACAACCAUCGCUGUGCGCGGCAGUCAGCCGUGCUGGGAGCAGGACUUCAUGUUUGAAAUAAACCGCCUGGAUCUGGGCCUCACAGUGGAGGUGUGGAAUAAAGGGCUGAUCUGGGACACCAUGGUGGGCACCUUAUGGAUCCCCCUGCGCAGCAUACGGCAGUCCAACGAGGAGGGUCCAGGUCAGUGGUUGACCCUGGACUCCAAUGUGAUCAUGGCUGAGAAUGAGAUCUGUGGAACCAAAGAUCCAACCUUUCACAGGCUGCUGCUGGACACACGCUUUGAACUGCCACUAGACAUUCCAGAGGAAGAGGCCAGAUACUGGGCCAAGAAACUUGAACAACUUAACGCAAUGAGAGAUCAAGAUUACGCCUAUCAAGAAGAACAGGAGCGACCACUCCACGCUCCAACCACACAGUGCUGUAAUUGGAGUCUGUGGGGAGAUCAGCAAAAUGAAGACCCAGACAGCGCCGUGGACGACAGGGACAGCGACUACCGCAGUGAGACCAGUAACAGCAUCCCGCCUCCCUUCUACACCACCUCCCAGCCCAACGCUUCCAUGCACCAGUAUCCCAUGAGGCACCAGCACUACAGACACUCCUACAACGAGGACAUGCAUGAGCUGGACUACGAUCACAGAGCCAUGAGUCCCACAGACAGUCGUUACGCCUCGUCGGGCGAAUUGAGUCGAGGCAGCUCUCAGCUCAGUGAGGAGUUUGUUCCAGAGGAUGGCGAAAGCUUGCGAGGCUCCGAAUUCUACGAUGAGAACGACUCCUACCACUCCUGCCACUCCUCUGUCAGCUACGGCAAAGAAGACUCCCCGGGCUGGGACGGGGAAGAGGGGGCGCUGUAUGACGAAGAGGAGGGAGACAUGUACGCCGAGGAAGGGGAGUACAACUACGAAGAUGAAGAGGAGAUGCCGUAUGAGGAGGAUGAAGAUAUGUACCCACUGGACGGCACGCUCAGUGAAGACCAGGAGCUUCCUUACACCCCCACGCCCACAAGCACUGCCCCCACUCUGAUGCCGCCCUCUGACAGCCUGUCCUCCGCCCGGCCGCCGUUGGAGAAGCAGGCGUCGUUGCAUCAGCAGCGGGUCGCCCAGGAUCAGCCGCCCAGCGCGGCUCCUGGUCUACCUCCGGUCUCCCAGGACAGCACGUUGCCCCCUUUCGCUGCAGAUUCCACCAAACCUCCGUUUACACCCACGCAGCAAGAUCUGUCCGUCACAACUACAUCCGCCCCCACCCCGACAACCACAUCACAGGUUCCUGCUCCGGAAAUCAAGCCCCUGGAGCCUGAGCCCAAAUCUGAAGUGCCGCUGGAAGAGCCUGAACCCCUGGAGCAGCCUCCGACAGCAGUGAGCGCUCCCCCGGCUCCGGAAGAGAAACCAGAGGAGCCUCCUGUUCCAAGCUUCCCAAAGAGGGAGAUCAUGGAACCUGGUCCUGCCAGAGCCAAGGCCAACUGGCUUCGACUGUUCAGCAGAGUCCGACUGCAGCUGCAGGAGGCCCGAGGAGAAAGUGUUGGCAUAGCCUCUCUGCUUUUAUCAGCAGGGAUGGGUGGUGCUCUGUACAGCAUCGACAGCAUGCCAGAUCUCAGGAAGAGGAAAGCGAUGCCUCUGGUCAGAGAUCUGGCAAUGUCCUUGGUUCAGAACUCCAGGAAGGCAGGCAUCACCUCAGCGCUGACGUCCAGCACGCUGCACAACGAAGAACUGAAGAGUCACGUCUAUAAGAAGACCCUCCAGGCCCUCAUCUAUCCCAUCUCCUGCACCACGCCCCACAACUUCGAGGUGUGGACGGCCACCACGCCCACCUACUGCUACGAGUGCGAGGGGCUGCUGUGGGGAAUCGCUCGCCAGGGGAUGCGCUGCACCGAGUGCGGAGUCAAAUGCCACGAGAAGUGCCAAGAUCUACUCAAUGCUGAUUGUCUGCAAAGAGCAGCAGAGAAGAGCUCCAAACAUGGCGCCGAGGACCGAACCCAGAACAUCAUCAUGGUCCUCAAGGACCGCAUGAAGAUCCGCGAGAGGAACAAACCCGAGAUCUUCGAGCUCAUCCAGGAAGUCUUCACCGUCCCCAAGUCCACCCACGUCACCCACAUGAAGCAGAUCAAGCAGAGCGUGCUCGACGGCACCUCUAAGUGGUCGGCCAAGAUCAGCAUCACGGUGUUGUGUGCCCAGGGUCUACAAGCCAAGGAUAAAACCGGCUCCAGCGAUCCUUACGUCACCGUCCAGGUGGGGAAGACGAAAAAGAGGACCAAGACCAUCUAUGGCAACCUCAACCCGGUCUGGGAGGAGACUUUUAAUUUCGAAUGUCACAACUCCUCGGACCGCAUCAAGGUGCGAGUUUGGGACGAGGACGACGACAUCAAGUCUCGCGUGAAGCAGAAGUUCAAGCGAGAGUCGGACGACUUCCUCGGUCAGACGAUCAUCGAGGUGCGCACCCUGAGCGGAGAGAUGGACGUCUGGUACAAUCUGGACAAGCGUACGGACAAAUCGGCGGUGUCCGGGGCUAUCCGCAUGCACAUUAAUGUGGAGAUCAAAGGAGAGGAGACGGUCGCCCCGUAUCACGUUCAGUACACCUGUCUGCAUGAAAACCUCUUCCAUUACGUGACAGAUAUCCAGAAUAACGGUGUGGUGAAGAUCCCUGAUGCCAAAGGGGAUGAUGCAUGGAAGGUGUACUUUGAGGAAACCCCCCAGGAGAUUGUGGACGAGUUUGCGAUGCGUUACGGAGUGGAGUCCAUCUACCAGGCCAUGACCCACUUUGCCUGCUUGUCGUCGAAGUACAUGUGCCCGGGAGUUCCUGCAGUGAUGAGCACCCUGCUGGCGAACAUCAAUGCCUACUACGCACACACCACCCAGGCAACCAACAACGUCUCUGCCUCUGACCGCUUUGCUGCUUCUAACUUUGGGAAAGAGCGAUUUGUCAAACUCCUAGAUCAGCUGCACAACUCCCUGAGGAUCGACCUCUCCAUGUACCGAAACAAUUUCCCAGCCAGCAGUCCUGAGAGGCUGCAGGACCUCAAGUCCACGGUGGACCUGCUCACCAGUAUCACCUUUUUCAGAAUGAAGGUCCAAGAGCUCCAGUCGCCACCCAGAGCCAGUCAGGUGGUGAAGGAUUGCGUCAAAGCCUGUCUCAACUCCACCUACGAGUACAUCUUCAACAACUGUCACGAGCUCUACAGCCGCGAGUACCAGACAGACCCGGCCAAGCAGGGCGCUGUGCCUCCGGAGGAGCAGGGACCCAGCAUCAAGAAUCUGGACUUCUGGUCCAAACUCAUCACGCUUAUCGUCUCCAUUAUCGAGGAGGACAAGAACUCUUACACUCCCUGCCUAAACCAAUUUCCCCAGGAGCUCAACGUGGGUAAAAUCAGUGCUGAAGUGAUGUGGAACCUAUUUGCUCAGGAUAUGAAGUACGCAAUGGAGGAGCAUGAAAAAAAUCGCCUGUGCAAGAGUGCAGAUUACAUGAACCUGCACUUCAAGGUCAAGUGGCUGUACAACGAAUACUGCAAGGACCUGCCUUUCUUCAAGAGCAGAGUGCCCGAAUAUCCUGCGUGGUUCGAGCCGUUUGUCAUCCAGUGGCUGGACGAAAACGAGGAAGUGUCUCGCGACUUUCUGCACGGCGCUUUGGAGAGAGACAAAAAAGAUGGGUUCCAAGUCACUUCAGAACACGCGCUGUUCUCCUGUUCGGUGGUGGACGUCUUCUCCCAGCUCAACCAGAGCUUCGAGAUCAUCAGGAAGUUGGAGUGUCCGGAUCCGCAGAUUGUAGGACACUACAUGAAGCGAUUCGCCAAGACCAUCAGCAACGUCCUUCUGUCUUAUGCUGAUAUCAUCUCCAAGCUGUUUGCAAACUACGUCACCAUGGAGAAAGUGCCCUGCAUCCUGAUCAACAACAUCCAGCAGCUGAGGGUUCAGCUGGAGAAGAUGUUUGAAGCUAUGGGUGGAAAAGACCUUUGUGUGGAGGCGAGCGAUAUCCUGAAAGACCUGCAGGUUAAGCUCAACAAUGUCAUGGAUGAUCUCAGCAGGGUCUUCGCUGUCAGCUUCCAGCCUCAUAUUGAGGAGAAUGUGAAGCAGAUGGGAGACAUCUUGGCUCAGGUGAAGGGAACCUCCAAUGUGGGAAAUGCCAGCAGUGUGGCCCAGGAUGCCGACAAUGUCCUGCAGCCGAUCAUGGAGUUCCUGGACAGCAACCUGACUUUGUUUGCUAAGAUCUGCGAGAAGACGGUGCUGAAGCGCGUGUUGAAGGAGCUGUGGAAGCUGGUGAUGAACACCAUGGAGAAGACCAUCGUUCUGCCGCCGCUCACGGACCAAACGGUGAGACAACACAGAGGAGUCAAUGCACAGAGGCACACAAAUGCACACAACAUAUGCGCAAGUCUUCACCAAUCAGUGCCCCUCCCUGUUCCCCUCUUUUACUCUGCUGUCUUCUUCUACUUCCCGUACACUCUCCUCAACCAGGAAGUGGGGAGGCUGAAGAGUGCUUCUCACAGUGAUGGCACUCAGCUCAUCUUUAACGCUGCCAAGGAGCUCGGACAGCUGUCCAAGCUGAAGGAGCACAUGGUUCGAGAGGAGGCCAAAGCACUGACACCCAAGCAGUGUGCUGUGAUCGAGCUGGCGCUGGACACCAUCAAGCAAUAUUUCCAUGCCGGUGGCGUCGGCCUGAAGAAGACUUUCCUGGAGAAGAGUCCCGACCUCCAGUCUCUCCACUACGCCUUGUCGCUGUACACGCAGGCCACAGACAAACUUAUUAAGACCUUUGUCCAGUCACAGAAUGCACAAGGCUCCGGGGUGGACGACGCCGUGGGGGAAGUGUCCAUCCAUGUGGAGAUUUUCACUCACCCGAACACCGGAGAGCACAAAGUAACAGUCAAAGUGGUGGCUGCCAAUGACCUGAGGUGGCAGACGCAGGGAAUAUUCCGGCCGUUUGUGGAGGUCUACAUCAUCGGCCCUCACCUCAGCGACAAGAAGAGGAAGUACGCCACCAAGUCGAAGAACAACAGCUGGGCGCCCAAAUACAACGAAACCUUCACUUUCACCCUCAGCAACGAGGUGGGUCCCGAGUGCUACGAGCUGCAGGUGUGUGUGAAGGACUACUGCUUCGCCCGAGAGGACCGCACCGUGGGCAUGGCCGUCCUGCAGCUGAAGGACGUGGCCUCCAAAGGCAGCGUCGCCUGCUGGCUGCCGCUGGGCAAACGCAUCCACAUGGACGAGACGGGCCUCACCGUGCUGCGCAUCCUCUCCCAGCGCAACAACGACGACGUGGCCAAGGAGUUCGUCAAGCUCAAGUCCGACCAGCGCUCCGCAGAGGAGGGCCGCAGCUAAGAGGCAAAAAAAAAAAGAGUUUAAAAAGCCCCGUCUGAAGCCAAAAUCAGACCUACUACUGCCCCGGAGCUCUCCUGAGCCACUGCAAGCCACUGCCCUGAUGAUCCAAGUGUUGUAAAAGCACAGAUAAGACGACAGUCACCACACAUCCGAUGCUGUAAAUACAUUUAUUUGAGUGGAGAAGAUACAGUGCUAAUCAGAGCAUCACACAUUUUCUUAAAAAAAA